CGCCCGUCAGUCAGUCAUCGGUGCGGGAGGGGGAGGGGGACCGAGCCGAGCAGUCACCGCCGCCGGGGCCGCGCAGGACGGAUCGGCCCCUCCGCGCGCCGUGCGGGGCCGCCGCCAGCGGAGCCGCUGCAGCAGCGUCGAGCGGGGCUCGGGGUGCCCGGAGCUGAGAGGAGCCUUCGCCCAGUUCCCUUCCGUGCCCUCCGCCUCGGGCCGGGGGAGUAGCGGGCGGGCGGUCGCCGCGGAACAAAGGUCCAGCCUCGGCCGCUCAGCCACGAUCGAGGCUUUUACCGCAGCCUGAGCUCAUCAUGAAGGCAAUUGAUGAGCCUCCCUAUCUCACAGUAGGCACUGAUGUGAGUGCGAAGUAUAGAGGAGCCUUCUGUGAAGCCAAGAUCAAGACAGCAAAAAGGCUUGUCAAAGUCAAGGUAACCUUUAGGCACGAUUCGUCAACAGUGGAAGUGCAAGAUGACCACAUAAAGGGUCCCUUAAAGGUAGGAACUGUUGUGGAGGUGAAGAAUCCAGAUGGAACAUACCAGGAAGCAGUUAUCAACAAAUUAACAGAUGCAAGUUGGUAUACUGUAGUAUUUGAUGAUGGUGAUGAGAAGACUCUGAGACGCUCUUCCCUGUGUUUAAAAGGAGAAAGACAUUUUGCUGAGAGUGAGACAUUAGAUCAGCUUCCACUCACCAAUCCUGAACACUUUGGGACUCCUGUUAUAGGAAAGAAAACAAACAGGGGAAGGAGAUCCAAUCAUAUUCCUGAAGAAGAAUCUUCAUCCUCUUCCAGCGAUGAAGAUGAAGAUGAAAGGAAACAAAGUGAUGAGUUACUAGGGAAAGUUGUGUGCGUGGACUGCUUCAGUGUGGAUAAGAAGAAAGCUCUGUGGUUUCCAGCCUUGGUGGUUUGUCCAGACUGUAGUGAUGAUAUUGCGGUGAAAAAAGACAAUAUUCUUGUUCGCUCAUUCAAGGAUGGCAAAUUCGUUUCUGUGCCAAGAAAAGAUGUCCGGGAAAUCAAUGAAACUUCACCAAAGCCUGACACUUUGUUAAAACAAGCUUUUGACCAAGCACUUGAAUUCCGUAAAAACAGAACUGUUCCUAGUAACUGGAAAACAGAAUUGAAAGAAGACAGCUCCAGCAGUGAAGCUGAAGAGGAGGAAGAGGAUGAAAAAGAAAAAGAGGAUAACAGCAGUGAGGAAGAGGAGGAAAUAGAGCCGUUUCCUGAAGAACGAGAGAACUUUCUUCAGCAAUUGUACAAGUUCAUGGAAGACAGAGGGACUCCUAUUAACAAACGACCUGUAUUAGGAUAUAGAAAUUUGAAUCUCUUCAAGUUAUUCAGACUUGUACACAAGCUUGGAGGAUUUGAUAAUAUUGAAAGUGGAGCGGUGUGGAAGCAAGUUUAUCAAGAUCUUGGAAUCCCUGUAUUAAAUUCGGCUGCAGGAUAUAAUGUUAAAUGUGCAUACAGAAAAUAUCUCUAUGGUUUUGAAGAGUAUUGUACAUCAGCUAACAUUGAAUUUCAAAUGGCAUUGCCAGAGAAAGUGACGAACAAGCCUUGUAAAGACUGUGAAAAAGAAAAAGAAUUGAAGAUACGUGAAGAACCAGAGCAGGAUGCAAAAGAGAUAAAAGUGGACAAGGACGAGCGCAAGCAGGAGGAAGUAGCAGUAGUACAACAAGAAGAAAAAAAGUCGGCUGAGAAUGAUAAUGAAAGUAAAGAAAAUGAUAAGCCCUCUGUUCUGGGAAACAAAAAAAAUUUGCCAGAUUCUGUGUUUACUCAACCUGAUCAAGAAAAAGACUUAAAUGUAAUCAAAACUGAAGAUGAAACCAAAUUGGAAGAUAAAGAGGAGGAGAAGAUCAAAGAAAUGGAAAAUCCUACAGUAAAUGCAGAUGGUGAAGAAAAAGAAAAAUCAGGAGAUGACACGAAUAAGGAAGAAGAUGAAGAUGAAGAAGAAGCAGAGGAGGAGGAAGAGGAGGAGGAGGAGGAAGAAGACAACAAUAACAAUGAGGAAGAAGAGUUUGAAUGCUAUCCACCAGGCAUGAAAGUCCAAGUGCGGUAUGGAAGAGGGAAAAAUCAAAAAAUGUAUGAAGCUAGUAUUAAAGAUUCUGACAUCGAAGGUGGAGAAGUCCUUUACUUGGUGCACUACUGUGGAUGGAACGUGAGGUAUGAUGAAUGGAUAAAGGCAGACAAGAUAGUGAGACCAGCUGAUAAAAAUGUACCAAAAAUUAAGCAUCGAAAGAAAAUAAAGAAUAAAACUGACAGAGAGAAGGAAGAGAAGUAUUCUCCUAAACCUUGUAAAUUGCGACGUUUGUCAAAACCCCCCUUUCACACCAGCACAUCACCAGAGACUGGGUCCAAACUUGAAAGCACUGAAGCCAAAAAUACUGAACAAGCUCCAGUUAAAUCAAUAGAAAUUACUUCUAUCAUUAAUGGGCUACAAGCUUCUGAAAGUUCUGAUGAUAGUGAGCAAGAAGAUGACCAAAGUGCCCCGAAUGUACAUGCUGAUGGGAAAGAGGAAUCUCAGCCUGAAGCUGUAAGCCAAGAUAAAAAUGAACUCCGUCUAAAAGAACAGAGUGGUUCAUCCCUCCCAGAAGAAACGAAAGCUCUUACAGAUGCAGUAGUACCCAAGUCUGUAUCCAAAUCUCCUGAAAGAUUGCGGAAAGAGAUGGAAGAGUUAUCUGACGAUAGUGACUCUGACGGAGAAGACGAAGCCACAAAGAAGAGAAAGGAUGGAAAGAAGGAGAUUGUGGAUAAAACAGCAAAACCACAAGUGAAGCGUGGUAAGCGAAGACACUGUGUUGCAGAGGAGUCCUUAAAGACCGUGUCACCUAAUAGAAAGGAUGAGAAGUCCAAAAACAAAGACUCCCUUAGUUUAGAAAAUAGCAGUAACAGCUCCUCUGAUGAAGAUGAGGAAGACAAAUCUAAACUGAAAAUCACUCCAACGAAAAAGUACAAUGGACUAGAGGAGAAAAGGAAAUCUUUACGGACAAGUACUUUCUACUCUGGAUUUUCUGAAGUGGGAGAGAAAAGAAUAAAGCUUCUAAAUAACUCUGAUGAAAGACUUCAGAACACCAGAGCAAAGGAUCGAAAAGAUGUGUGGUCAAGUAUCCAAGGACAAUGGCCGAAGAAAACGCUGAAGGAGCUGUUCUCAGACUCUGAUACUGAGGCUGCUGCCUCUCCUCCACAUGCUGCUCCUGAGGAUGCUGCGGCAGAGCAGCAGCUUCAGACGCUCGCAGAAGGAGGCAUUACUUUGCCUAACUGUGAACUUGAAAAAUCUUUGCCAGCAAGUGUGGAUGUUAAGCCUGUUGAGGAGAAACCAACUGAAGUGGGUGAGAAGAAAGUUGAAUUUCCAAGCAGCGGCAGCAAUUCAGUGCUAAAUACACCUCCUACAACUCCUGAAUCACCUUCCUCUGUAACUGUGACAGAGUCCAGUAGACAUCAGUCCAGUGUCACUGUCUCUGAGACACUGCCACCAAAUCAAGAAGAGAUUCGAAGCAUCAAAAGUGAAACAGAUAGCACAAUAGAGGUGGACAGUGUGGUAGGGGAGCUCCAAGACCUCCAGUCUGAGGGAAAUAUUUCUCCAACAGGUUUUGAUGCCAGCGUCAGCUCCAGUAGUAGUAAUCAACCAGAGCCAGAGCAUGCUGAAAAAGUCUGUACAGGCCAAAAAAGACUUAAAGAUGCUCAGGGAGGAGGCAGCUCCUCAAAAAAGCAGAAAAGAAGCCACAAAACAUCUGUGAGCAGCAAAAAGAAGAGUAAAACUACAAACAGCAGCGACAGUGAUGAACUAUCUGCUGGUGAAAGUGUGUCCAAGUCUCAGUCAGCAAAAUCGGUUUCUACUGGCAUGAAAUCUCACCAAACCAAAUCACUCACAAGAACACAGUCUCCAGGAAAAUGUGGUAAAAAUGGAGAGAAGGAGUCUGAUCUCAAAGAACAGAAUAAUCGUUUGCCCAAAGUUUACAAGUGGAGUUUUCAAAUGUCUGACUUGGAAAAUCUGACUAGUGCCGAGCGGAUAACAGUUCUCCAAGAAAAAUUGCAAGAAAUCAGGAAACAUUACCUGUCCUUGAAAUCUGAGGUGGCUUCCAUUGACCGAAGAAGAAAGCGCUUAAAGAAAAAAGAGCGGGAAAGUGCUGCUACUACAUCAUCUUCCUCCUCAUCACCUUCCUCUAGUUCCAUUACGGCUGCAGUUAUGUUAACCUUAGCAGAACCAUCUAUGUCAAGUUCAUCACAGAAUGGAAUGUCAGUUGAGUGCAGGUGACAGCAGGACUUGCCAAAGCACUUUGCACUUAAUGGCUGCUGAGGGCCACUCUUUCUUUUUUUCCUUUUUUUGUUUUUUUUUGUUUUUUUUUUUAUACUGCACAGUGGCACAAAAUUCAGACAAGCACUAUUUUGUAUUUAAAGUUGUUUCUUGACAAGCUAACUUUGCACUUAAGUGCACUUUUAUGAAGAAAAAGUACAACAAACUGCUUUUCCUCAAGCAAUAAUUGUUUCCAACUUGUCUGGGAAUUGUAAGUCUAGUGACUCGAAGGCCUUCCACUGUGGCAAAUGGAGGCUGUUCACUGCCUGUAGAGACAGGACAAUAAGUAUAUAGUUGUUGGGGUGAUCUAAAUCAAUGUGGUAAGGCUUACUGUAUUCCCUGGUAUUUUGUUAAAGCUGGAACAUUUGAUAUUUUUCCAUUUAUUUAUGACAAAUAUUGAAAAUAUUUUCAUUUGUACAAGCUAAUUGUUUUUUAACUGCUAAGUCACCUUAUAGUGGCUUUAAUUGUAUACGUCAAGCACAUCUAUUCAAAACCUGCAGUUAGUAGGAUGUCUGACAUCAGUCCUGAUAACCAAAUAUGAGGAUUCCUUUUAAAAAAAAAA